AUGGCGGCCUCGGAGGCGGCGGCGGCGGCGGGGCCCGCGGCUCUGGCGGCGGGCGGUCCGGCCAUGCCGGCGGCCGCAAGGGGAGCCGCCGCCGCCGCCGCCUCGGGCCCGUGGGGCGUCCCGGGGCCCCGGCUGAGGGGGAGCCGCCCGCGGCCCGCAGCGUCCAGGCAGCCGCCCGCGGCCCCCGCGCCGCCGGUCCGGGAGCUGAUCCAGCCGUCGGUCAGCGAGCUGUCCCGGGCCGUGCGGACCAACAUCCUGUGCACCGUGCGCGGCUGCGGCAAGAUCCUGCCCAACAGCCCGGCGCUCAACAUGCACCUGGUCAAGAGCCACCGGCUGCAGGAUGGCAUAGUAAAUCCAACAAUAAGAAAAGAUUUGAAAACUGUGCCAAAAUUCUACUGCUGUCCAAUUGAAGGAUGCCCUAGGGGCCCCGACAGGCCGUUUUCUCAGUUCUCCCUCGUGAAACAGCACUUCAUGAAGAUGCAUGCCGAGAAGAAGCAUAAAUGCAGCAAGUGCAGCAACUCAUAUGGCACUGAGUGGGACCUGAAGAGACAUGCAGAGGACUGUGGGAAGACGUUCCAGUGCACAUGUGGCUGUCCCUACGCCAGCAGGACAGCACUGCAGUCCCACAUCUACCGGACUGGCCAUGAGAUCCCCGCAGAGCACAGGGAUCCACCUAGUAAGAAAAGGAAAAUGGAAAACUGCUUACAAAACCAGAAGUUGUCCAAUAAGGCCAUUGAAUCACUGGGCAACCAACCCACCCCCACACUAGACUCUCAAGAACUAGAAACGUCAGAAAGCAAGCUCGGAGCCACUGUGGAAGACUCCUGUGGCUCCAGUGCCAAAAAGCAGACUCUGGCUUCUCCAAGAUACCCUCAGAAGUUGCUCUUACCGAAGCCCAAAGUGGCUCUGGUUAAACUCCCUGUGAUGCAGUUUUCCUCUGUGCCCGUCUUUGUGCCUACGGCCGACCCCUCAGCCCAGCCUGUGAUGUUAGGUGUGGAUCAGGGCUCUGGCACAGGGGCUGUGCACUUAGUGCCCCUGCCCGUGGGAACCCUCAUCCUCGGCCUGGACUCGGAGGCCUGCUCUCUUAAAGACAGCCUCCCGCUUUCAAAAAUCAUAAACCCUGUUGCUGUCGAGCCAGUCAGUACAGGUGUACAAGUGAACUUGGGCAAAGGUCCAUCCAGUCUUGUACAAGCACAGGGGGGCACAGGUCAGAAGAGCAGCCUGUGUUCAACCAAUGUGCAGACAGACCUGUCUUACGCCUCCCAUGGUGUCCUGCCUUCGGCACAGUGGGCUGGCCCUGACUCUGCCGUGUCCUCCUGUUCUCAGACUGACUUGUCAUUUGAUGCUCAGGUGUCCCUUCCCAUCAGUGUUCACACCCAGACAUUUGUGCCCAGCUCCAAGAUGACCUCAUCCAUAGCUGCCCAGACAGAUGUGUUCCUGGACCCUUGCUUCCAGUCAGGUGGGGUCUCCCGAGAAACUCAGACCAGCAGGAUGCCGGCUCCCACAGAGGACUGCGUGCCGGUGAGCCACGCCGGGAUGUGUGGAGACAUCUUUGAGAGUGUCAAUUCGUCAUACAGUGUCUCUGCAGACACCAUGAUGAGCAGCAGUCUGGAGGCAGAGUCAGUGACUCAGAGUUUGCUGCCCAAGGCUUUGAAUCCAGAGAUUGAGAAAUCGGCACCAAUGUUAAACUUCAGCACACAGAACACCACAGAUAAUCAGACCCAAACCAUAGAUCUGUUAAGUGACUUGGAAAACAUCUUGUCAAGUAACCUGCCUGGUCAGACAUUGGAUAAUCGCAGUCUUCUGCCCGACACGAAUCCGGGGCCUGACCCCCAGCUCCCAUCUGGCCCAAGCCAGAACUCCGGAAUAGAUUUUGAUAUUGAAGAGUUCUUCUCAGCCUCAAACAUCCAGACACAAACGGAAGAGAGUGGGCUGAGCACCAUGAACCCUGAGCCUGUCUUAGAGUCACUGGACAUCGAGACCCAAACGGACUUCUUCCUCACAGACACGUCUGCCGCGUCCUACAGCUGCAGGACCAGUGCUAACUUCUUAGGCCUCGAGAUGUUUGACACGCAGACACAGACAGACUUCAACUUUUUCUUGGACAGUGGCCCUCACCUGCCCCUGUCCUCCAUACUGAAGCACUCCAGCUUCUCCAUGAGCACCGACUCGUCGGAUACGGAGACCCAGACUGAGGGCAGCUGCGCCACCAAGAACUCGCCUGCCCUGGAAGGCAAGGUCGAGUUGAACAGUGCAGAGACACAGACCAUGAGCUCUGGUUUUGAAACCCUGGGGAGCUUGUUCUUCACCAGCAACGAAACUCAGACAGCAAUGGAUGACUUUCUUCUGGCCGAUUUGGCCUGGAACACGAUGGAGUCUCAGUUCAGCUCUGUAGAGACCCAAACAUGUACUGAGUCACAUGCAGUCUCCAACUUCUAAUAGAGGGGUUUGCCUGUGCCAUUUCCUCCUGGGGCUCCAAAGCUGGGCAUGGGGCGACAGUGUUAACUCUCUCGAGCACAGUGUUGAUUCAGUUGUUUGGUUCUUUGUGUGUGGCUCUUUGCCUUUUUUACGUGUAAACAUGAAAAUUGUGUAUAAAUGUGAGUGUAUUAUGAACUGUAAGAUGUUGACCUCAAAAGUCUGCUUUUGUGCUGUCUACAAGCGCUCUUUCACAACUAGUCUUUUCAUCUUCUGAAAGGAAAAUUAAUUUCAUACCUGCAAAACCUCUACGGUCCUUUAGCUGAAGCCAAGCUUUCCAGCAACAAACUUCUCAAAGCUUCAAACUCAGCCAAAGUUCACUGAUACUGCUCCUGAAAAGAUUGUUGAUGAUGCUUCCGUGGUCUGUGACUCCUCCGCCUUGAACCUCCGUCUGCUUUAACAUUCGUCUCUGAAGACAACAAGGAAAACUACAACUGUCAUUCACUUUUGAAGCAGAUUUCCUGUAGUCACUCGGUGCCAUCCCUGCUGUGUGUGAGCUGUUACCGAUAGCAACCGAGUGUGCAGCACCUCCCUUACAAAAGGUCUGUUACUGUCAAAACUCGCCUAAAGAAGAGCAAGCACUUAAUGCCCACAGCAGUCCUUGUACCAGGGAGGUAGAUCAUCCCACCUCAGGAAUGUGGGGUUGUAGUCACAACCCAUUCAUUCAUCCUGGGGUGUCCCCUGCUGUGCGGACAAGUUGUCUUCUAUGCCCACACCACAAUCAACACAGAAGGCUUCUGUGACCAAAUGUGUACGAGUUUGUCUCCAGUGAGCAGGCAGUUCUGCAGCCGACAUCAGCUGGGUAUCCUCUCGUUUGCUUCUGCUCUAACAGCGUCCACUGGAGGUAGCCUCAGGCUGAGGGUUCCAUCCCCUGAGACUGCCCAGCAUUGGGCCUGCAGACCUUCUAACUGACCUGCUUUAAGUUGGGGUCCCCAUAACUCCCUUCUUGAACUUAAUUUGGUAGAGCAGCUAACAGAACCCAGAGAUAUAUGGGUUUAUUGGUUUAAUAUAAAGGAUGUUCUAGAAGAUUCAGAUAAAGAGCUUUGAGUUUUUACAGACUUUAUUUGCAGGCACAGUAGAUUAGAGCACUAGCCACCAGCAGUCAACUUAACCUUUAUCUUCUCCUCCCUCCCUGGAGGUUACAUCAGAUGGAGCUACAAAGUCCCAACCCUCUAGUCUUUCUUGGGACCAGUCCCCAUCCUGAAACUACCUAGAGGCUGCCAACCACUGAAGUACUCAGCACGUAAGACCCAUCACUCUGGGAAGUCCAAGGAACUUAAGAACUGUAUGCCAGAAGACCAACUACAUCCCAGCGAGGGACUUCCUGCUGUUCCCUGCCGGCCACCACAGAGCUUUGCAGCAGCUUCCCAGAGAGCAUGCACAGGCUGGGUCUGAGCUGUGUCCCUUGAAGGAAAAGGCCAGGAGAGCAAAGGACAUCCUGAGCCCCAGGCAAGAGUGCAAUCUCCAGUCAUUUUCAAGUGACUUUUCCUUUCAUCCACAUUCAUCUUUUCCUCAAAGAAGGAAACUCAUUGGUCUAGCAAGUAUCUUAUUUUGUGCCUUGAGGCUGGCAAAUACAGAACUGCCUAAAACAUGCUUAUUCUGCAUUUUGUUGCUUUAUUUAUUUUUAUUUUUAUUUUUUUUAAAGAGUGAUACCAAACUGACUUCUCCAAAGAACACAGAGAUGGUGAAGGUGUCUUGCCUCCAGAACCGAGAACGUUUUCUGUGUUUUGAGACGGAGCAUGCUGUGGUGGGUUUCUGCCGUUCGGAACCCCUGACUUCUUUGUUCACCAACUUCCAGGCAACCGGGACUCAGCGCAGCCUGAAGGUUCUCCAGUUUACAGCAACAACAACAGAGACACAAACACUCUGUCCUUUCUGUGGCACAGCCUCAUGCUACCAAGGGAGCGAACAAUCCAUCCAUCAGGUGGCAUGGUCCCCUACAUCAGCUACAGAAUUGUCAGUAAUGGAUUAGUGACAUACUCUGGGCAGAUGAACUCAACCUAAGGGUGCAAGUUUGCUUUGGUCACAGUUGCCUAUGAAAUUUUAAGUUUGAAAAUAAAAUAGAAAGCCUUAAUGUAGAAUUUCAUUUAUGGUUUAGAAUCAUCACUGCCUUAAUGUUCAAACAUCUAAAAGUCCUUCCAGGAAAUGGAGAAACGCAUGUUUGUUUAUGGCUUUUUGUAAAUAGAAAUGCAGUGAUCUACUGUUUAAAAAUGAUUGUGUUUGCUAUUCCAGCCAAUCUGCUACAUACGGAAAAAUAGAGCAUGUCAUAGUUGAUGGACAGUAACUGAAGUGUCCGAAGAUUAUUUGCAAAGACAAAUUCGGUGAUUAAAGAAAAGCUAGAAUUCUA